AUGUCACUCAAAGGCGGCCCUUCUAUCAUGAGCGAGUCAAAUUCCUUUUCAAGCCUAGCAUCUCAAGAUACUCUGACAGAAGGGUCACCAGCCCAGGCAUGCCCUCCAAAUAAUUGCCCCCAGCAAGGCCCUUCUUUGAGCGGAUGGGAAAGCCAGCUGUCUGAUAUACUAGAACCGAUAGAGUCUACUUCCACACAUUUGCACUCAAACUACAGCGCACCAACAGAACAUAAUUCGUCUAUCGAACCUCCAUCUACCUCUUACUUUGCCAGUCUCAAAGGAAGUUUGACACGCAAGUUUUCGGCAAAAUCACCGGCGCAGUGGAGAGACUCUCAGAAAAUACCAGCAAGAGAUAGUAGCAUCGGCACAAUGACAAGUUUGCGUAGAAAUUAUAAUAACCCACUAGAACGAAAACAGAGAAUACGUGGUAAUACUCAUCAGCGUCGGCAUCAUCAAAAUCCGGGUAUUAUUGAACAAUUGCCCAAAGAAGAGCCAGAGGACUGUGUUGUCAUCAAACUUGCAGACGAUUCGCCAACGUACGCCCAAGAUCAGCCCAUUGAGGUCACAAUGUACGAGAAGAAGAAGCAAGUUAUCAUACUUCUCGGACAAUCACUUUUAAAAACAGGCUGUCCCAGCCAUCGCGUGGAAGAUGUACUCUUAAACACAGCCAGAUUAAUGGAAAUCGAUGCAACGUUUUCAUUUUUACCUGACUCCAUAAUAUUCACCUUCAAACAUUCCACAAAUGGGACUACUGAAUCGGUUAUGGCUAAAUCUCCCACAGGGUUUGACACCAACAAGAUCUUCCAAAUUAACGCUAUCAUGAAUAAUUUUCAAAACAAUCGAUGUGAGAUCGAAGAGUGUCUUUCUGCACUACAAGUGGUUGCAGCCGCUCCAUCAACAUGGGGUGUGAUCGGUACUCUAUUUUGUUUUGGUGCGAGUAGUUUUACUGCAUCCGUAGUGAUGUUUGGUGGAUCGUGGAUUGAUGCAUCUCUAAGUUGUGGGCUGGGAUGUUUGGUGGCCUUGCUGUCAGUUAUUGCUGGUUAUUUUCCUGCAUAUAGUCGUGUAUUUGAUAUAUCAGCCUCUAUAUUGGUUGCUAUUAUUACUCGAGCUAUGCACAAUUACGUCUGUUUUACAAGUGUUGCUGUGUCUUCUAUUUUGAUUCUACUUCCCGGUUAUGCUAUGACCAUGUCUAUUCUCGAGGUAUCUGCGCGCCAUAUUACAACAGGCACCACUAGACUUGUGUAUGCGGUUGUAUAUGCUUUUAUGCUUGCCUAUGGUCUACAAAUCGGCAGUAGUGUCUACACUGCCAUCGACCCAAAUGCAUCAGACGAAGGAAUUUGUAUUAAUCCGAUAUCUCAUUGGUUUUACAUUCCAUUAUUCCCUAUUAUGAGUGUCUCUAUUGCAAUGUCCUUUGGAUCAUCUUAUCGUCAGUGGCCAACCCAAACAUUCUGUGCGGCCCUUGGAUUUUGUAUUUCUUAUUUUGUCGGAAAAGUUGUACCCGAUGGCCAGAUUGUUGGAAGUCUAGCUGCAUUCUGUGUUGGAUUAUAUUCCAAUCUUGCGUUAAAAAUAACUGGGGAUGCUCCACUUGUACCUCUAUGUGUCGGUGUUACACUACUUGUUCCAGGAAGUAUUGGCGUAAAAGGAGCCUAUGCACUUUUGCAUCAGAAUGACAUUACAAAAAGUCUUUUUCCACUACAUAUGAUGACAAUUGCACUGGGAUUAUCAGUGGGUCUAUUUGCAGCUGCUAUGAUCGUCUAUCCAACUGGAAAAAACAGAUCAAUGUAUAUUUCUCUGUAA